GCCCCUGCCCUCGUCUUGAUUUUUUCAUCAAUGGCCAAGUACGGCGAAGGCGGCAAGUGCUGGAUCUUGGAGGAAAGACCCAACGGUGCUAACGUCCACAACUGGCACUGGGCUAAACUGAUUGCCUCCCCUGGUCGAAAACGUUCUUCACCAAAUUACUUUCGAAUCUCGCCAUCCUUGACGGCCAAGGCAAUCUUCGCAUCAAGACCAAGAAGGUCGAAAAGAUCGACGAUGAAGCCUAUGUUAAUAUUCGUAAGGGUAAAGUCAUUCCCGGAUAUGAAAUCAGUUUGAGUGUAUCCUGGGAAGGCGAAGCCAAAGAUGGGGAAGGGAAGACGCUGUUGAAAGCUGAAGAAUGGCAGAAGGCAUCUAACAUCAUCAAUGAACGAGGUUUCUAGGGACCUUGUUGUGAAUACUGAUUCUAAGAAGAAACAGGCUCUUAUGCACUUGCUUCCGGUACUAGCUGAGCUUCUUCAUGCAUGGGACAUGGAAGUAUCCCUUGAGUCUCUGGUCGAGGAAAGUAAUUUCUGCGAGGUUUGGCUCGGAAGAACUCUUCAAAAGCUGGACUCGCUCUUGUUAGGAGCUUGUCAGGAGUUUAAAGAAGAAGGCUAUUUAACUGUGCUUUUCUAUGAGGUUGGUGACUUAAAGAGGUACUCAAUUAAUUACGAUAAGAGUGGAAGAUCAAAGGUAUCUACUGUUGUUCAAGUUUGAAGCCAUUUUGAAAUGUUUCAUAGUUGCUGAUCUCUUGCCCGAUCUUAUGUUUGUAUUAAGCAGAUUAUAACUAGAACCUGCAGUAGGAUCAACUAAUUAGUUGAUCAAAAACUACACCAAGUUUUGUAAUCGUCUACUUGCAUAUUUGCAUAUACUUAAUAAUAAUCUCGUGUCAACUAA